GAGCCAGCUGGGCCGGCCGAAGGAUGGCGGUAGGCCCGGCCUGAGCGGGGCCGCCAUGCGGCUGCUGCGGGCGCUGCGGCGCUGCGUGUCGCCGGCCGGGCUGCCGCAGCAGGUGGACUUCUACGCCCGCUUCUCGCCCUCGCCCCUCUCCAUGAAGCAGUUCCUGGACUUCGGAUCAGAAAAUGCUUGUGAAAAGACUUCAUUUAUGUUUUUACGUCAAGAGUUACCUGUAAGAUUGGCAAAUAUAAUGAAAGAAAUAAGUCUGCUUCCAGACAACCUUUUAAGAACACCUUCAGUUCAGCUAGUGCAGAGCUGGUAUGAUCAGAGUCUUCAGGAGAUCCUUGACUUCAAGGACAAAAAUGCAGAAGAUUCAGAAACUAUUCAUAGUUUUACAGAUACUGUGAUCAAAAUCCGGAAUCGACAUAAUGAUGUAAUCCCUACUAUGGCUCAGGGUGUGGUUGAGUACAAGGAGAGCUUUGGUAUUGAUCCAGUAACCUCCCAGAAUGUGCAGUACUUUUUGGAUCGUUUCUACAUGAGUCGCAUAUCAAUUAGAAUGCUUCUUAAUCAACAUUCUUUGCUUUUUGGUGGAAAAAUUAAAGUUAAUCCAGCUCACCCAAAACACAUUGGAAGCAUUAAUCCCAACUGUGAUGUUGUAGGAGUUAUUAAAGAUGGCUAUGAAAAUGCGAAGACACUUUGUGAUUUGUAUUACAUGAGCUCUCCAGAACUUGUCCUUGAAGAGAUGAAUGUAAAAUCCCCAGGACAGCCCAUACAAGUAGUAUAUGUACCAUCCCAUCUCUAUCACAUGUUUUUUGAACUUUUCAAGAAUGCAAUGAGAGCCACGAUGGAGCACAAUGCUGAUCGAUGUAUUUAUCCUCCAGUUCAUGUACAUGUUACGCUGGGAAAUGAAGAUUUAACUGUGAAGAUGAGUGAUCGUGGUGGUGGCGUUCCUGUGAGGAAGAUUGACAGACUGUUCAACUAUAUGUAUUCAACUGCACCACAUCCUCGAGUUGAGACAUCAAGAGCAACACCCCUGGCUGGGUUUGGUUAUGGUUUGCCCAUAUCACGUCUGUAUGCACAGUACUUCCAAGGAGAUCUGAAGCUGUAUUCCUUUGAAGGUUACGGUACAGAUGCAGUUAUCUACAUAAAGGCUUUGUCAACGGAAUCAAUUGAAAGGCUCCCUGUGUAUAAUAAAUCAGCUUGGAAACAUUAUAAGGCAAACCAUGAAGCAGAUGACUGGUGUGUGCCAAGCAGUGAACCAAAGGACAUGACCACUUUCCGAACUUGGAUACGCUUAUAUCUCAACUCUGGAAAUUACAACUCUAAAUUGGAUUUUUGUAAAGAAGAAAAAGCAUAGCAGUAGCCACUGAUAAUCAUCUCAGGUAUGUAGUACCAGUUCUUCUGGUAUGACUGUGUUUGACUAUUUGAAUGACUAUAUUGGGUGCCUGUAUACACCACAGAUUUUAAUCCUCAUUAAGUAGGUUUAUAAAAUUUAAACUUGUUAAUUUUGGAGCGUUGCAUCUGUAUUUACAUGCAUUAUGUUUUCAAACGAAUUAAGCCGGGUCCUUGGCCAGCAACACAGGAGGGUAGGAUGGUCCAGCGCUGGGGCCCCCCACUCGCCCCAUGCCCAUCCCUUCCACACAGCUGUAGAAGCAGGGAGCUGGCAAACCACACAUGCACAAAAAAACCCUAUGUCCAAGGAAUGUUACUUUUAAAAAGUGGAAACAAUUUGAAAGCAAAAGCAAUUCGAAGGGGUGAACUAGAAAAAAAAGUUGCAGUGCCAUCUGGUGGAUAAAGGCUCAUUACACAUCUUUGAGUACCCUUGUGUUUGCAUGCAACAAAUCCAUGGAUGUGAUGCUUUAAUUCCCAGCGAGCCAAACUAAACUACGUCUAAGGAGUUUUAGUUUAAUGCACAAGAAAGACUUUUAAAGUGUUGGGAAAUUCCACUCACGCAAACAGACAAGCAGUUGCAGCGCAUGAAAGGGCAAAAAUUGUGGUGUGUACAUGAGCCCAUUAUGACCAAUCUUAUGAGACAAAUUAGUGUAAUGAAUAUGACACCUCUAUGUUACUGGAAUAUGUUAACCUGCUUCUCAGGAGCACUUAAAGAAUUCAAGAAAACUUGUGUUUUGAUAUGUCAAAACAUACCUAGUACCCAGAACUUCUGGUCUUAUUCUGGUCAUACAGAAAGCAGAACUUGUCCUCCAGGCAAGUAAAGGGAUAUUAUCGAAACAAUGUAUUAGACUGUGGGGAGGGAGGAUGAAUCAACCUCUGAGGACUAUGACAAGGUUAGUAGUUUUCUUGCUGCUUGGUUCAAAUCGCAUCUCAGUUCUAUACAUACUUUCACUGAAUCUUCUCAUUCUGGAAGCUUUCAAGGAGGAUGCAGGAAAGCACUUGCUUAAAAUUCCACCUCCUUACCUCAAGUGAUCUAGCAACUCAGGGGCUGGCAACUUUACUAACCGUAGACUAUCCCUUGAGACUCAGCCUUGCUCUGUGGGCUGCCCAUCUCCUGCUGUGGCCUGGUUGUUUCUGCUGUGUGUAAGUUGGUUGAUCUCUACCCCUUGCCCACCCAAAAGCAGCCUCCCCUGAAAGACACAGCAAGGGACAGUUUAAUUUAGUGAGCAGAGGCUGCAGUGUGGAGGGGAGAGCAGCCCUCAACAUGAAGCUGAAAAAUGCAAAGACUUCCCCCUCCACUGCAAGAGCCAGCAGCAAGGGUCAACUACUAGUAAAAUGAGGAAUAUGGAAUCUGGGCCAGAUGUGGCAGACUCUAAUGGGGUAUCGGUGUACUGUUAGUAAAAUGCAGAUGAUCCACCGUAGGUUGUAGACCCUUGCUUGAAUCCAAACUAUUAGUCUGGGGUGCUGAGUUGAAAUGGUCACAUUUAUUCAGCUGUUAACACCCUCUUGGCUCAGGAUAGGUCAGAGGAGGGUGACACGUGUUGGUCUGUCUGAUCCCAAUCACUGGAUUUCUUGUUGCACACCUCAAAGAAGCGGCUGGAACUGUAACGUUGUAGGCUAGUGCUGUGUGAGAUGGCUUUUGUUGCUUUAGCAAGACAAAUCUCCCUUACCAUGAUGUGAGAAGGUGAAGUGUUUGAGGCAUAAUGCCUUUUCAUUGUAGUGGCAUCUCAGAGACCAGGUGUAAAGCCUGUUUCCUGCCCAAUACAAUUGAGUGCCUAGACAUGAGAAGCAAGGCUGUUCUGAUGUGCUGUCUCAGACUUGAUUAGAGUCUGCUGUAGUGUAGUAAUUACUGCAACAGCCUCCAGUGCCUUGUGUAUCAGCAUCCCUGUACUCAAAAAUGGUGGUGGGGGCACUUAUCUUGAAUGAGCUUUAGGUAAAGUGGUGGGGGGAGGGGGUGCUUUAAGCUGGGUGAUUCUGAUACAUGAGGUGCUCUGGGCACUUCAAUUAAAGCAGCUUCUGCUCUAAUUGAAGACUUUCUGCCCCACCUCCCAGAGCAUGUGUAUAAACACCCAUUAGGGCUGUGCAAGAAAGCACUCAGCCAGAAAGAUGCAAUUGGGGCCCAACAUUUGUAAAAUUUAAAGGAAGUAUUUUGUACCUGUUACUUUUGACAACCUUAAAGCUAAAAUGAUAACUUAAAAAAAAAUGAAGUACACGUUUUAAGGCUGAACACACAUUUUAUACUAGUUCUGACAAAUGUUAAAACAAAUAUCAUGAUUCAAGAAUUAGUUGACCUGACUUGAGUAGCAUUUAAGGAAAAGUGCAAAAUAUGUUUUUAAAGGUUAGGGUAUUAUAGUCUGCCUCUUACGACUGUCUGUCUAGCACAUAUAUGAGUAUGUGGGGUUACAGAAACUGAAAUCUUUGUUUACAUCCCUGCUAUGUAGGAGCUUGAGUUUGCAUUACUGAAGUAAAAAAGCAGGGCCUUAAAUCAACUUUCAUAUAUAGAUAUUUCAGUAGUUUUCUCCUGUAAUGAUUAUGGUGGAAAUAAAGUUAUUGUAAUCUUCAUUUUGUUGUAUUUACUUCUGGUCAUGAGAGUUGAGUUUUAAUUAAGCAGUAGUUUGAGCAGUAGCUUUUGUACAUUAUUGUACUAAAAGAAUUCAUUCACUGCUGCAGGCUGGUUAGAAGUUGCAAGAAGAAAUGGACAGUUACACUUCACUAAUCUUGCACUGUGAAAUUAAUUUGUGUGUGUGAUGAAAAAAAACUUUUAAUGCGAUACCUUGGAAUGAAGCAAUAAAUUUGUUCAACAGUU